UAAUCAACCCACAGUUGGCUAUUAUUAUGGCAACAUAUGAGCACACAUACAAAUCUGGCAUCUCCUUAAACGCUUCCAAUGGCAAAUAAUGCAAAUUCCAUUCCAAUCAUCUUAUAAUUUGCGUUCUGCCGGGAAAUUAUUGCAAAACAAAAGAAAAAAUGGUAAAACAAUAAUAUAUAAACAACCACAAGGUUUUAAACAUAAACAAUAUAUACAACAAAUUCUAUAGAGUGUAAACAAAUUGAAGUUAAGACAAAAACAAAGCAAGAUAACUGCAUUUAGAAGUCAAAGUGUGCCACCCAAGCUAAAAAACAACAGCAACACAUACAAACAACAACUAUCCCAAGGAAAACAAAAGAAAAUAAAAACAUUUUUGAUGUGAUUUUGACAAAAAAUAAUAUACAUAUAUUUAAAAAUAAAAGGCCAUGAGCAGUCAUCGCAAAAUGUCGGGCAUACGUUUGCCUAACAAACCAAGGGCUGACGAAAUCGAAUUGACAGAACUUUUCUCAACACAAAUGGCACAACUCUGCAUGAACGACGACUAUUCCGAUGUUUGCUUCAUUGUAGAGAACCAAAGACUACCAGCCCAUCGCGUGAUGUUGGCUGCCCGUAGUGAAUAUUUCAGGGCCUUGUUAUAUGGCGGACUCUCCGAGUCCACCCAAUCAGAGAUACAUCUAAAAGUCCCGGUGGAGGCAUUCAAAUCAUUACUACGUUACAUCUAUUCCGGUCAUUUGUCCUUAGCCCAAAUGGACGAAGAUAAUAUAUUGGAUACCUUGGGCUUAGCCAAUCAAUAUGGCCUUUCCGAAUUGGAGUUGGCCAUAUCCGACUAUUUGCGUCAGUAUUUGGCAUUGUGCAAUGUAUGUGCAAUAUUGGAUGCUGCUCGUCUGUACAAUUUGGAAAAGCUAACAAAAGUUUGUUUGACUUUUAUGGAUCGUAAUGCGGUAGAUAUAUUGCAACAUGAAUCUUUUAAGAAUCUUUCAAAGGAAUCCUUGGAAGAAAUAUUGCGUCGAGAUUCUUUCUUUGCUCCUGAAGUUCAGAUUUUUUUAGCCGUAUGGGAUUGGUGCAAAAACAAUCCCAAUGUUGAUAUUAAGCAAUCUGUAGUCUCCUUCGUUCGCUUGCCACUAAUGAAUUUAGACGAUCUCUUGCAUGUGGUACGCCCCUCUGGUAUUUUAAGUGCCGAUAAACUAUUGGAUGCCAUUGAGGAACAAAGUACAUCGAAAUAUUUACCCUAUCGCGCUGCGCUAUGGCCAGAAGAGAAUGUGGCAACAGCAAAAUAUGUAUCACGCACCAUAAUGGGAGAGUGUCGUGCCGAACUAUUGAAUGGUGAUUGUACUUCAUAUGACAUGGAAAAGGGCUACACGCGUCAUUGCAUUACCGACACCAAUGAGAAUGGCAUUGUUGUUGAACUUGGCACUAUUUGCAUUAUAAAUCACAUUAAAAUUCUGCUAUGGGAUCGUGACAAUCGCGCCUAUUCAUAUUUCAUUGAGGUCUCAGCAAAUCAAGUGCAAUGGGAUCGUGUCAUUGAUUAUUCUCAAUAUCACUGCAGAUCAUGGCAAUUUUUGUAUUUUCAAGCAAGGCCAGUGCGUUACAUCAAACUGGUGGGCACUCAUAAUACGGUGAAUAAAGUCUUUCAUGUUGUCGCAUUGGAGGCUAUGCACACGAAAAAUAUACCCAAAGUUAUUAAUGGCAUAGUGGCGCCCACAGCCAAUGUGGCUACCAUCGAAAUGAGUGCGGUGGUAGUGGAUGGUGUAAGUCGCACACGAAAUGCCCUACUCAAUGGCAAUUAUGUUGAUUAUGAUUGGGACUCGGGCUAUACUUGCCAUCAAUUGGAUAGUGGUGAAAUUUUAGUGCGUUUAGGACAACCCUACAUAAUUGGCUCGAUGCGUUUACUGCUAUGGGACUGUGAUGAUCGCACCUAUAGUUUUUACAUUGAAACUUCGGUCAAUCAAAAGGAUUGGGUUAUGGUGGUGGACAAACGCAAUGAACAAGCCAGAUCAUGGCAAAAUUUCUCUUUCACACCCAUACCAGUGGUAUUUAUACGAAUAAUUGGUACACGUAAUACAGCCAAUGAAAUAUUCCAUUGCGUCCAUUUGGAGUGCCCUUCACAAGAUCCAACUUUUUUAUCAAACGAAAGAGAAAAGCAAAAAAUUUUAGACGAAGGAGCAAGAGGAGGAGGAGGAGGAGCAGAGCAAAGAGAUCAACAGCUAGCGACGAGGAAUGAUCUACAGCCCAGUACUAGUAGUAGCAGUAGCAGUAGAGUAACAACACCGCGUAGAAAUAGUCAUCGACCCUUGCCGCCACCUUUGAAUCCUUUGGAAGAUGUACUUGUGCAUAUUGAAAAUGUGGUACCAUUUGAAGGAAAUCCCUAAAAUGCGGAUGCAGUGAGAGGGCAUAAAAAGCAACAGAAGACAUAAAAUCACAUGUUUUUCUACAUAAGUACACUUAGAAAUACACAUUGGCUUUUUGUUAUUGAAAGCUGCUAAUUGGAGGAAAGAGAGAUUGAGAGAAAGAAAGCGAGAGCCACAAUGAGAAAAAUAACCGAUUUGCCCAAUUGCUUUUAUUAUUGGUUAAUGCAUUAUUUAGAGAAAUUACUUCCGGUUAACCCUACGCCCUUUAAGUUAAACCCAAGGAGGUUGGUUAGGUACACUAUGAUGGAUGGAGAUAAUUCUUUUAAUGGCUUUAGUUUAUAUAGUUUAUAUAUAGUUUAUGAGAUGUACAAGUUGAUGGAAAAUCUUCAAAAAUUGUAAAUCAAAAAUUA